AUGGAACGUGUUGGAAAGAUCGUUUUCUACGAGGACAGGAACUUCCAGGGCCGCUGCUUUGAGUGCAGCAGCGACUGUCCCGAGUUGAGCUCCCACUUCAGCCGCUGCAACUCCAUCCGUGUGGAGAGCGGAGCCUGGGUGCUGUACGAGAGACCCAACUACCUGGGCUCUCAGUACAUCCUGACCAGAGGAGAGUACCCCGAGUACCAGAGCUGGAACGGCUACAACGACACUGUGCGCUCCUGCCGCAUCAUCCGUCACACAUCCGGAGCACACCGCAUUCGCGUUUAUGAGCGCCCUGACUACAUGGGCCAGAUGAUGGAGUUCAGCGACGACAGCCCGUCCCUGUUCGACCGCUUCCGCUUCCACGAGAUCCACUCUUGCAAGGUGCUGGACGGCGCCUGGGUCUUCUUCGAGCAGGCCAACUACAGGGGACGCCAGUACCUGUUGGAGAGGGGCGAGUACCGCCGCUUUAGCGAGUGGGGCGCCAUGCAUCCCACUGUGGGCUCCCUCCGCCGUGUGCAGGUGUACUGA